UUGUAAUAAACAAAAAACUUGAACCUUUUCGUUUGUACUUUUGCUCUGUUUUAGAUGUACCUUCCAAAUUACAGGCAGUGUAUAAAGUCGUGAUGAAGAAGACUAAAAACUGAGGAGGGUUCGUUUUCUGUCAUGGUUCUCCUUUCUGGGUUUUGAUUUUUUGGGAGGAUUAUGAAGAUAUGUAGAUAUUCUAAAAGAACCCAAGAUGAUUGUUCUAUUUCUGGUACUAGGAUUGAUUUAGAUGGUGAUCUUAGUCCUGAUGAUAAGCGUAGGAAGGGUACUCCUUCUUUUAGAAGUGUGGUCCUGGAGGUGAUGAAACUAAAGAGUUUCCAGAAUGCGUUGGAGCCUAUGCUUCGUAGAGUUGUCAAGGAAGAGGUUGAAUCUGCUAUAAAGAAACACGUCUUGAGUUUGAAGCGGAAUUCCGAUGAAGAUGUAUUUUCUUGUGAAUUACGGAACCUACAACUGAAGUUCUUGAGCGCACUCUCUCUUCCAGUGUUUACCGGAACUCGAAUCGAAGGCGAAGAUGGCUCAGCAAUUAAAGUGGCUUUAAUAGAUGCUGCUACUGAGGAAGUCGUCCGAUAUUCUCCUGAAUCGUGUGCAAAAGUAGAAGUUGUUGUUCUCGAAGGAGACUUUGAUGGUGAUGAGGGAGAAAACUGGACUGUAGAAGAAUUUAAAAACAACAUUGUAAGAGAACGAGAAGGGAAGAAACCGCUUCUUACCGGAGAUGUACAUUUAUAUCUGAAAGAUGGCACUGGUUCUGUUGGUGAAAUAUCUUUCACUGAUAACUCGAGCUGGACAAGAAGCCGUAGAUUCAGAUUAGGGGCUAGAGUGAUCGGGAAUUAUGAUGGAGCUAGAAUUAGAGAAGCAAAGACGGAAUCGUUCAUUGUCAGGGAUCACCGUGGAGAGUUGUACAAAAAACACCAUCCCCCGUCUCUAUCCGAUAAAGUUUGGCGACUGGAAAAGAUUGGAAAAGAUGGAGCAUUCCACAAAAGAUUAACCUUAGAAAGAGUGAGGACAGUAAAGGAUUUCCUGAUUUUGCUCAAUUUGGAUCCUGCACGGCUCCGAAAUAUACUUGGCUCUGGUAUGUCUGCCAAGAUGUGGGAGGUGACUAUAGAACAUGCUCGAACGUGUGUACUUGAUAAAAGAGUCUUCUUGUAUUAUUCUCCUAUAUCUCAGCACAGGAAUGGCGUGGUCUUCAACGUCGUGGGACUCGUAAUGGGGCUUUUUUUAGAUAGCCAGUUUGUUCCUGUAGACAAUUUGCCCGAAAACGACCAGAUUGAUUCACAAAGAAUCGUCAUCGAAGCUUUUCAACAUUGGGACGGAGUGAUCUCAUUUGAAGAUAUGGAGUCGCUCAUUGCCGUCUCUUCACAGACAACAAGCUCUCCGAAGACUGAGACGUCAGAUGCAAGGAAGCUUAUGACACCGCAGCAAAGUGUAAUCGAUUAUACGCAACCAAGCACAUCGUCUCCUGAUAGUUUCUCUCCUCUCUAUUCAUUAGGAUGCUUGAGCAGCCCGGAUGAUUUUCCCCUGCAGGCUAUAGAUGGCAUAGACCUACGAUAUGACCAGGCUCUUGAUAUUCCAGUUCAAAUUAGUAACUCGCUGUUUUGCCCAUCUCUUUCGAUGACUCAGUCUUUCCAUGACGACAAUCAUCUAGGGUUCAUGGACAUUGACUAUCCGUCUAUUCAAUCGGAAAACAUGAAUCUGGAAUCCCAUACGGGAUUACAGGAUGCGUACAGUGGCUUCGUUAGGUCUCAUUCUGCAGGUCUUACUACCAGAGGACCAGCUCAAAGAAGGUGGAAAAUGCUUUCGAGUAUUCUAAGAUGGUUUCAGAUACGGAGACUGGUGGUCACUAGAAAAGCGCCUUGUGCUCAAAUACAAAAAACUUGGUAAUGGGUUUCUCUCGAAGCAAUGAGGUACUGAUGAAUGUAUAUAACACCAUUGUAUUUUGGCAACUCUCGAGUCCCCGUCAUUUUUUAUCAGCAAAGCAACACAUUUGGAAUGUAGAUGAUAAUGAACCGAACCUACUUGGGUUAUGGUGGAUCCUGUGUGUCGCACUAAUGGUUGGUUGGAAUGACAAAUGAUGUGGUGGUCUUAGGCUGGACUUCCUACUUUCGGGUUUAUGGGUUUUUUCUGUAAAUAGCUCUGUUCCGAAAAAAAUAGGCUUUAAGAUCGGCUUCCCAUCGACAAUAAGGUAAAAAGAUUAGGAUAUGUGAAUGUUUCGAUUAUUGAAGUCAAAUAUCUUUCAAGCUUGUACUUUGUAUAGACGCAUAAAAGCAUUUCUUUGAGUUAUAGCGCCCGACUAAACUCUGUUUAAGUCGAGGCUUGCAAUCUAAUGGGAAAACAAUAAUAACUCUUGAACUGAUCUGGUUUAGUCGAGUCUAGUCUGUUGAUCGAACUUUUAGCUUAAUUCUUUGUCAGGAAGGAUGUGUUUUUAUUCAAUUUUGUCAGUUUGGGCUUGUGAGCUACAUGAGAUGUGUUUUCAACUGCUCCAUUCUAUAUGAUGUAGUUUAAAGAAAUAAUAAUGUAAUUGUUAUUUUUUCCUUUGUAGCUCAA